GAAAUAAACCGUUAAAACAGCCUAUUGUUUUGUGUGCUAUGUGGGCAUCGGUGGGCAUUUUAAAUAAUGUAAAAUAUUAAGUAAUAGAAUCAUGCAUCUAUUAAGCAUUUAAGGAAUUUAAUGCCUAAUUUUUAGGAAGAGAUAAAUUUAAUUCUUUAAAAUAAUGAAUGUGUAAGAAAGUAUUAGAAUUUUCUCUUUGAUUGCUAUCAGAUAGAUGAGUUAUAUGAAUAACAAAGCAUCAAAUCACCACGAGAAACUUACGUGUAAAGUAAAAUAAAACAUUUGAUCUGAAAAACUGCUGAAAAUAUUUAAAUAUUUCAGUACAGUAUGUUUGAGAAUAUGUUAAGAAAUAAACGUGAGUUAAAUGAACAUUUAAAUUUUCAAACUAAAGAAAAACAUUUGUACACUGUGUGCGAUAAAGUAUUCUCAUAUGAAGAUUCUUUAAAACGACAUUCUUGUGCUCAUGUUGAAAGCAUAAUUCUUUUAUGUAAUAUAUGUGGAGAAAAUUUUUCGGAUGAAAGUAAAUUAGGUCAACAUUCUAAGAUUCAUAGUAGAAAGAAAUCAUAUUCAUGCAGUAUAUGUAGUAAAACUUUUAAUGACAAAGUGGCAUUAAACCAGUACUCUCUUCUCCAUAACGAGUAGUACUUUUCUUGUGGUGCAUGUGGGGAAACCUUUAAGCAAAAAGCUCAAUUAGAACAGCAUUUAAAUGCUGUUUCAGAGGAGAUAUAUGUUUGCAAUAUGUGUGAUGAAAUAUUUGAUUCUAAAGAAAACUUAGAUAAACAUUAUGUUCUCCUUGCUGGAAAAAAUCUUUAUUCGUGUAGUUUGUGCAAUAAAGCAUUUAAAGAUCUACCUAGUUUAUCUAGGCAUAAUUAUAUGCAUACUGGGGUGAAAUUGUUUUCUUGUGAUGUAUGUAAAAAAGCUUUCAUUCAAAAAGCUACCUUAGAUAGACAUUAUGUGAUUCACUCUAGGAAAACUUAUUCUGAUAGUACCUGUGAUAAAUCUUUUAUUGGUAAGAAAAAUUCAGUGGCACGUUCUAUUUGUGAUAUGCCUUUUUCCUGUAGUGUUUGUGAUAAGAAUUUUGUUAAGGAAGAAAAAUUAAAUCAACGCUAUAUUCAUACAGAGAAGCUUUUUUCUUGUAGUGUAUGUUGUAAAACAUUUGCUGAUAGUCAUAGUUUAAAAGUCCAUUCUAAUGCUCAUGCUAAAGAAAAAGUUAAAAGGGGUUUAAAGAUUCAUUCUCUUAUUCAUACUGAUGAAAAACAAUUUUCCUGUAGUAUCUGUAAUAAGACUUUUAUGACAAAAUUGAGAUUGCAGGAUCAUUUUCGUACUCAUACUGUUGAAAAGCCUUUUUCUUGUAAUAUCUGUACUAAGAAUUUUUAUCAAAAUUAUGAUUUAAAAGAACACAUUGCUGUUGUUCAUUCUAGAAAUCCAAAUUUUUGUAAUGCAUGUGGUAAAACAUUUUCUAGUUAUCAGCGUUUACAACACCAUUUUUUGACUCAUGCUAAAGAAAAGCCUUACAAAUGCAAAAUAUGUGGUAGAACAUUUUUUAAUAGUCAGAUUUUUAAAAACCAUUACUUCACUCAUGCUGGAGUAAACCCUUACAAAUGCAAUUUGUGUGACGAAGCUUAUACAGAUAAAUCGAACCUAAGGAGACAUUAUCUUCUUCAUAAUAAAGAAAAACCUUUUUAUUGCAAUGUUUGUAAAAUGACUUUUGUUGCAAAGAAAAAUUUGCAAAGGCACUAUCUCUGUCAUACUGGUGCAAAACCUUUUUCCUGUAUUCUGUGUCACAAAGCUUUUGCUGAUAAGGGAGCUUUAAGAAGACAUAUUCAUAUUCAUACUGGUGAAAUGCCUUAUUCUUGUAGCGUUUGUAAUAGGGCUUUUACUCAUAAGAGUUACGUAACUAAGCAUAGUGUUAUUCACAAGAAGAGCAAGAUUCCUGAACAUAGACCAAACUUUAAAAAAAAGCCAUUCUUAAUCUUGCAUAUUAGAAUAUUUGUAUUAGAACAUUAUUAGAUAUAUAUUAUAUAUCAAAUAUAUAUCUGAAUAUUUGUAUUGAAUCUUGUUUGUUAAAAUAUGUAUUAUUCUAAAGCAGGGUUCCUUCUAGGCGGUUGCCACAUUUGACCUUUGAAUAAAAAAUUGUGCCCUGCCUGCCUAUGAAUCUGAAUAUGCUCCCCAACAUAUUAAUAGGUAAAAUAAUGGGCUGUUCACACCAAUUUUUUGUUGAAUCCACAUGUUUUUCUGAUCAAUUUUUUUGGGCAGAAAAAAAUUGUGUUUUGUCCAUAAUUAAUUAGUUUUUUUUCCUCCGACCAUUUCCCUAUGGUUUUUCAAAUUCUGAUAUAUUUAAUACUUAAUUAUGAAAUCCAUAUUUUGAACUUGAGCUAUCACUUUUUUGAAGUGUUCGAUUUGUGACACUGCCAUCGUAAUUUCAGGUCGUUUGACGAUAACUUUUUCGUAAUUAUUAUUUAUUUUUUUUAAAUUUCGUAUUUUUUUCCUUCUAGUCAUGUUAACACUGUUUUUGAUAAUGUUGCUAUCUUAAUCUAAAGAUUAUCGCUUUAGAAAUACCCUCCAAUUGUUAACUAAAGUGAAGAACUAGUAAAUCACAGCGCAAAAAAGAGAAAAGAUGACAUUCUUCAUAAUCCUCAUAGAUUAUUUUUGACCUUUCUUGCCAUCUUGACUAGGUUUGCCAACUUUGUGUCCAGAGAACGGAAAUUGUAAUGUUAUUUCUAUAUAAGACAAAUCUCUGUCAACGUUCUGUAUAUUGCUAUCUUUCUCUCUGUUUACCCUUUAGGAUUAUGCAGAGAGGAGUUAUUCACUUAUUGUGGUACACAGGUAUUUCUCACAUUCUAAGCGUAAAAUGUUAGCGAUUAAGUAAAUGAUAAAAGAUAGGCCAAAUAGUCAUUUAAAGUAAAAAAUAAUUUUUUUAGAAUAUUCUUAUCACUGGUUAAGUAUGAAAUUUCAUAAAAAAACCCUUCUAUAUUAGCUUUAAAGUUACAUUGUUUCUUAAAAAUAUUCAUUUUUACUGAGUUUUAAAUGCUAUUUUUUUUUUUUUCUUCACGACCAUUUGUCAUUAAUAUUAUCGAAUUAACAAUGUAUUUUUCUUAACUCUAGAAAUGUCAAUCUUCGUUUAAAAAAAAAUAGUGAACUACGUUACUUAAGAAUUUAUUCAGUUGCAUGUUAUUUGUAAGAUAAUAAAGUAUUAAGUUGAGAAUUUCAUUAAAAUUAAACAAGGCAAUCACUAUUAAUAAAAAAAAUGUAUUAAAUGUAGAGCUGAGAUUAUUUUAAUUCACAAAAUUAGUUUUUAUAUAAAAGAAGAUUAAAAAAAUUAUAUAGUGAAAUAAAUAAAACAGUUUAUCUUCCUGAGAUUUCAAUGUUUUCAAAGAUAUUUAUGAUUUUAAAUUUGUGACAUUUUAAUAACCGGUUAAUUUUAAGUACCAACACAUACUCAUUGAAUAUCUUCACUGCUUGAUGAAAUAUUUAUUAUUAUUUUCAUUAGUUUACUAUUAUUUUUUUAUUGCAAAAAAUUCAAGAUUAUAUUUUCUGUUAAUAUCAGUACAUUGAGAUGAUUUAAUUGUUCAAUACCUAUAAGUUGUUACCUAUAAAGCAUUCUUAUUGUGAUGUUCUUAAAAAUAAACUAUUGUUUGAGUUCAAAAGGCAAGCAUCAAUGAUUUUAUUCAUUUGUAAAAAAUAAGGGCAUUUUAAUUAGAACAAUAAUUGUUUUUUAUUGUUUCCAAUUUUAGACUUAAACCAUAAUGUAAGCUUUUUAUUUAUUUAUUAUGAUUCCUUGUUUUUUUAGCUUAAAUUUAUUUGUCAAGGUUGAAACCUUUAACUAAACUAUAUUGAAGCAUCAAAACUUGAAGUUAUGGAAAUAAGAAAAAGUCUAGGUUUUUUAAUGUAUUUUUUACAUUUAAUGAUGUAAUAUUUAUUUAUUUAAGAAAAAUAGUUUUGAUCAAAUUCUAUUUUUUGAAGUUUAAUGAAUAAUGUUCAAUACCUGAAUAUUCCCUAGUUAAUGUUAGAAAGCAUUUGUUAUUGAAAAAAUGCAUCAUAAUUUAAAACUGCUAUGUUAUCGAAGGGAUAACUUAUUCACUCUUUUGCUAUGACAUAGAUGUAAGUGCUGCCAACUACUACGCUUUUGCAAAUUAUUUUAUAGAGUGGUAGACAAUCAAAAACUGAAACUUUCAGAAUUUUUGGCAAUUUUGCUACCAUUUUGAAAGCCUUGUUAGGUGAGAGGUGUAGCAAAGUGACUUUUCAUGUAAACUUUUAAAUCAUUUACAUGUAGUGGUAUUGAAAAUAACUUUAAAUCAAAUUCAUAAAACAAAGAAUCAUGCAUUAAAACAUAAACUUAUCUACCACAAGAAGGAAUUUUUCCAAAAUGCCUAGAUAGCUGGCAGUAGUGAAUUUACAUAAAUUAGAGGUCUAAAUACAUAAUUCAAUCGUUUUAAUGAAAAAUUUUAACUAAAUUUUAUCAAUAUAGCUAUUUCUAAUGGACUAAAUAUUAAAUUUAGUCUAUUAGAAAUUGCUAUUUUGAUUUUAGCUGAAUCAUUGUUAAAUAUAUGUAUUCUUCAAAGAAUAAUUGAAUUUUAUUAUAUAUACGUUUUUAAUUUUCUAUUUUUAUAAUUUUAGCCUUUUAAUACCUUUGUUCUGUAAGUGAAAUAUAAUUUUAUGCAAAAUGUUGGUGUGAACCGCAUAACAUUUUCUAACUUUUGUACCAGAACCAAGUAAUAACAGUAAAAGAGUUAUAAUCUAUGUAUUAAAUUCAAUACUCAUUCAGAUUGUAAGUAAAAAAGAUGCAUAUCAAAAUUUUUAAUUUUAUAAAUUUGGUCUAGUGAAUACAAUUCUAUGUAACAAUUUUUAAUUGAAAUCUUGGGUUGCAGAGAUGUGAUUAAGACCCAACUCAUUAAAAUAAAAUAAUUUAAAAGCUAAAACUCAACAAGAGUGGCUAAGCCAAUGUUUUUUACGCCAAUGUUAGGUGAUGUUACAUUACAUUACAUAAUGUAAUGUAAGUCAAAGUUACAUGAGGCAUUAGUGCAUUAUUAUUUACUGAUAAGAGGCUUUGGGAGAGAUAUUUGAUGGAUUACGAGGUAACUCAGCAUUGUGAGUGUAAUGAUAAGUUUAUUGUCGCUUUCAAAAAUGUGUUAAUUGAAACAAAUGUAUGAAUUUCUGAUGUGUAUUUUCCAUUUUGUAAUAUGCUAAUGAAUCGCUAGAUAAAAUUCCCGCAAGUGCUAUUA